AUGGCUGCCAAAGAUUCAACUGAAAGGAACCAAAAAAAGUCAUAUAAAUCUAACAACAGUAAUGACCAUCAUAGGAAGAGAGGUAGACAAGAAUUGAGAACUAUAAGAAGAAGUGCAGCCAAGAAAUCUAGAUAUGAUAGCAACGUAACUGAACAUAAUGAUACUGAAGAGUUACUGCAAGAAGAAUCAGAAGAAGGCGAAGAAGAUGAAGAGGACGAUCAAUCUGAACAGGAAGAAGUAGAUGAGGACGAAAGAAAGGGCAAGGUCUAUGGAGCAUUGUUGACAAUCUUGGAAACUGAACAUCCUGAACCAAAACAUAAAAGACAGCCUAAGGAAAAACUUCUGAAGGAACAAGUCUCUGAUUCUAAUCUGAAUAACACUGGAGAUCGCGAAACUGAAGAUAGCAUAAUUGAAGAAGAUGAGACUGAACAAAUAGAAAAUGGCCUUCUGGAUCGCGACGAUGAGCAAAGUGAUGAUGAUCAAUUAAAUGACAGCAAUGAUGUUGAAAGUGAUGAUGAACAAGAUCCAUUUGAAUCACAUUUUAAUAAACCAACUGAACAAUUUGUUGACAAACUGCAUGCGGCUUUCGAAUCAAGGGAAAUUAAAUACAAAGCUACAAAGAUAGUCAUAGACGAUUCGCAUUCCGUUAUAUCCUCGAAACCGACAAUUUUUGGAGAAGAACUUGAGACAAAUCGUUUAAGUUCUUCGAAGCAUGGCCAAUCCAUAUUUUCUUAUUUCAUAAAACAAAGAUUAAAAAUCCAGAACAAUCUAUUAAACCCAAAAGUAGACCCAUUAACGCCAUUGCAGAAAGAAUUGCUAGAUCCCAUGUUCCAAUAUAAAGAUAUUCUGUAUGAGUAUGACUCGUAUGGGAAAGAUGAGGAUGAAUAUCGAGACUUGUAUGCAUUGCACGCUCUUAAUCAUGUUUACAAAACCAGAGAUAGAAUCUUGAAAAAUAAUCAACGUCUCCAAGAUAAUACAGAUACUGAAUAUUUGGACCAAGGUUUUACAAGACCAAAAGUUUUAAUUGUCGUACCAACAAGAGAUACUGCAUAUGAAGUGACUGACAAAAUAAUCAAGAAAUCAGGAUUAGACCAAGUUGAUAAAAAGGGUAAAUUUUACGAUCAAUUCAAAGAUGAUUCUCUACCACCUUCUUCUAAACCUAAAUCUUUCCAACAAAUUUUCAAGGGUAAUACCAACGAUUUUUUCGUCUUAGGUUUGAAAUUCACAAGAAAGGCCAUAAAGCUUUAUAGUAAUUUUUAUCAGUCUGAUAUUAUUGUAUGUUCUCCAUUAGGUAUGCAAAUGAUAGUCGAGAAUACAGAUAAAAAGAAAAGACAAGAUGAUUUCCUAUCUUCUAUUGAAUUAUUGAUUGUUGAUCAACUACAUUCACUUGAAUAUCAAAAUCUGGCCCAUAUUUUUACUAUAUUUGACCAUCUCAAUAAAAUACCAACUGAACAGCACGAUGCUGAUUUUAGUAGAAUAAGGAUGUGGUAUAUUAAUGAUCAAGCUAAAUUGUUUAGGCAAACAAUGGUAUUCACCAAAUAUGUUUCCCCUGCGGCCAAUGCAAUCAUUAAUAAUAGAUGUCGUAAUUGGGAAGGAAGAUGGAAGAAUCAUAAAAUUGUUGCACCUGAAGUUUCAAGUAUUGGGAAGUUAGGUCUUAAGAUAAAACAAAUUUUCCAACGGUUUGAUAUUAUGGGUGGUUCUAUUGUUGACGAGCCUGAUUAUCGAUUUAAACACUUUACUAGUGUUAUUAUUCCGAGUAUUGUUAAAUCUACAAGUUAUGAUGAUGGUAUUUUGAUAUAUAUUCCCGAUUAUACUGACUAUGUUAGGAUUAGAAAUUACUUGAAGGAAAAAACACGUAUCUUGUUUGGUGAUAUAAAUGAAUAUUCAGAACAAAGAGAGUUGAAUUCUAAUAGAUCUUUAUUACAACAAGGAAGAGUCAAAGUUUUAUUAUAUACGGAAAGGUUACAUCAUUAUAGACGUUAUGAAAUUAAAGGUGUUAAAAGUGUGGUAUUUUACAAACCUCCAACAAAUCCAGAGUUCUAUAAUGAAGUUGUUAGAUUUAUUGGUAAGAAUGCCUUUUUAGGAAAUACCGAUUUGAAUAUAUCGACAGUCAGAACUGUGUAUUGUAAACUAGAUGGUCUUUCUUUGGAAAGAAUUGUGGGGACUAAAAGAGCCGGUAUUUUAUGUCAUGCACAAAACGAAGUUUAUGAAUUCAAAUAA